AUGAGUGCCGAUAAUAUCACCGUGGGCUCUAUCGAGAAAACCUGUUACUUCUGGAAUAAGACCGGCCAGUGUAAGCAUGGAACGAAAUGUAAUUUUCUCCAUCGCGAUACACCAAUCAUAGCAGACCCUCCGAAAUCAUGGAUCGAUUAUGGCGAUAAAGGCCCCCCACUGAAGGCAACGAGGGCCCCGAGGGUACAAAGCAACAUCAGGGAUAACUCUGAAGAUGGGAAUAGUAGAGAAAAGGUCUUUGAGCCUAACCAUAAAGUUAUGGAAGACGAGCUCGAUUGGGAGCAUCAUAUACCAGCAAAUGAAUGGGAUCAGCAAUCCUCAGCUAGUACUAGAGUGAAUGUAACCGAAUGGUACCCACCAAAAGCUAACGGUACCCAUUCUGUGACGGCAUCUACAUCUGCAUCCAACAAACCAGCGACGCCUGUUCAACAUGCCGAUUUUACUGAGACCCCUACAGUCAUUGGAGACUUAUGGGAAACUUUACUACCAAUUGAUUUUACGGAGUACAGAGACUUAAGAAAAAAGUAUGCCAUGUCGGAUCCAGAAUUCGAUGUUAAUGCCUUGGUUCUGCUCUUGGCUGCAGAACCCUUUCAACUUUCAGACGUUGAGCAGUAUUUAGGUGGAUAUUCAGAUCAAGAUAUUUAUCUAGAUAAGGCUUCCAGAUUCGAAAAGCUCCCACCUAUAUUUUUUGCUGUAGCCACAAACGAACCUAAAGCAUUGAAACUUCUCAUAGCUCGAGGCAUAUCUGUAGACGCGAAUGCUGGUCCAGACAACAUACCGUUGUUAGCUUUUGCUAUCAUGCAUGGAUCAAGAGCCGACACCACUGAGAUGGUGCGGAUUCUACUAGCCAGUGGAGCCGACCCUACACACAUACCCGACGAGUUUAUUUCUUUCGAUCAUUAUUCAUCAAGCCACCAUAGAUUCUCCAGGUCAUCUAAUAGCGAGAUACCAUCAUGGCUGUCAGAGAAGUAUAGAUUUAAGCUUGCCAGCACCAUCAAUAUCUCGCAGAGAUACUGGUUGUUGAAAGCGAGAGGUUUACGUCCACGGACGGAUCGUGAGCAUUUAAUCGCUAGAAUGGAAAGAUGUCCAAAUCUGUUUCAGAUGCCAUUUUGUCUGGUGGGUCAGAGUUUUGCAACAAGCUUUUUGAUGCGGAGAGUAUUGAGCCACUUACUACUCUCCAAAUCGAAUGUGAAGCCUCUGGUUGUAGCUUUUGUCGGUCCAAGUGGACAUGGAAAGACUGAGCUAGCUAAGAGCAUGCGCACAUGUUUAUCAGCAGCAUUCCUGACCAUCAACUGUGCCGAAAUGACCAGCACUGCUGAUCUUUUUGGCUCAACAGCACCAUCCCCAGGUUACGAACAGGGCUCGGCCUUGAACAACUUUUUAUGUCGCAACCACGGGCAAAGAUGUAUUGUGUUUCUGGAUGAAUUCGAGAAAAUGGGACCUGCCGUGCACGAAUCACUUUUAACCCCAUUUGACGAAGGCAUAUACCGCGACCGUCGGGCCGUUAGAAACGAUACGAAGAUAGAUUGUUCAAAAGUGAUAUGGAUCCUUGCCACCAGUAAGGUGGAUAAUAUUAUUGAGCCAUAUUACAGGGCCAAUGUCGAGGCCUUCCAAAAUCCCGAUAACCAGGAUCAACAGCUCCUCGCGAAUAUCAUGAAUGAAAUUGAAAGCAAGUUCUUAAGAAAAUUCAGCAUCGAACUCGGGACAACAUUCGCUGGACGAAUCUCCAUGGUCCUACCAUUCCUUCCGUUCUCGCCCGCCGAGCAAGCUGUAAUUGCGCACAAGUAUCUGCUUGAACUUAAACGUACACUUGCAGCCGAUGUUAACAAAGAAACAAUCAUGGGGCAUAUUAAACUUGAGGUUGAAGGGGAGGCAGCAGUUUGCCGGCAUAUAGCCGAAAAUGGUUACGAAAUCGAAUACGGGGCACGAUCUAUUGAGCGUGAGAUGCAUAAGUCAGUGCGCGAUGCUAUUACACAGGAAUGGUUAGGGUCUACAGACUGGAUUCCUUCCCAAAGAAAGAAUGGUCCAUAUGAAAGAUACCUGGUGUCCCUUGACCCCGCAAAAGAACACGUUGUUGUAUGCAAGAUCCUUGAUAAGAAGGGUAGGACGAGGGCGAGGCAGAACAGAACUUCGGCAAGGCCGGCAGCUGGCCAAGGUGGUUCACAAUUCGAGAGCUCAGUCGGAGUAAGAUCAGGAACGCCAAGUAGUGUUGGUGGUAUGAGAUCAUUAAGAGUAGGAAGACUUAUAGAUAUCGAGCUGGUGAAUGGAUGGGAGGAAUAA